AAUUCUCACAUAAUCCCACAGUUUUAUACUGAGUUAAUAACAGAAUACUAUGUGUAUAUUUGAACAUUCUCUUUCAUUUCGUUUAAUGUAAACCGAAAUCACACGCUCACUGUGAUUGGUUAGAGAAUAUAAAACUGUAUCCAUAUAAACGGCCCUUUCAUUACUUGGAAAUAUACCUUGACCUCCUUGUCUUGCCUUCUGGUGUUACACUAUUACUGACUGGACUUGACAGCACAUCUUAAGAUAUAUAAAAGCCAUAAACAGCUUCCUAAUUUCACUUGGACACGAUAACAUUGUCAACUUCCCGACUAGAAUGGAUAACACUCUUGACCUUGUGUUUACAAAUGGCACAGGAAUAUUUGAAGCUCGAAAAAGAGUCCCGCUACUCAAUUCUGAUCACUGUAUCAUAAGAAUAUUGACCAAAGUAUAUGGAGAGCAGCACAAAAGGGUCUUCUCAGACCUUGGAAAGAAAACACAACACAGAUGUUAUUCUCAUGACAACAAUCUAAGGACCAUGUUAAAAGACACAAACUGGGACUUAUUUACUGAUCAAGCUCUUGAUAACAUAAUUACCAACAUAACACAUUAUCUUAAUUUCUGUCUUGAUGUUUGUUGUCCAAAAGAGACAAUCUUCUUAAAAUUCGAUCGCUUCUUCUCUUCUCAACUCAAAAAGCUCCGCCGUGAAAAAAAAGGUUGUUCAAAAUGAAAAAUAAAUCUGUUGUUAAGAGAAUGAACACUUGAUUAAAAAGAUUGAAUGCGCUCUAUAACCAGAAGU